GCGACGCGGAAGGAGAUGAGCGACGCGGGACUCCUCAUCGCCUACCGGGACGCCUGCGCGCACCUCCUCAUUCCCCUGAACAAGUGCCGGCGCCAGACGUUCUACAUGCCCUGGGAGUGCGGCCACUACCGCCACGAGUACGAGAAGUGCCAGUACGUGGAGUGGCUCAAGCGG